AUGAGGGCAUGGCGGCUGGUGGUGGUAUGGAGGGUGAAGAAAGGAGUAAGGACUUUUCUCAAGGAUAAGCAACUCGGAGAAGGCUCAAUAUUUGGUUUAACUCAAAUCAAGGCGAUUUUGAUGGAUAUUGUUGUCGGGGGGACUGAUACUACGGCAACGAUGGUCGAGUGGGUGAUGACCGAGCUUUUGCACAACCCGAGUAUAAUGCAAAAAGUGCAGCAAGAAGUAACAAAUGUUGUAGGAGCGAACAAUGUCGUUGAAGAAUCCCACGCAUCGAAACUACACUAUCUCGAAGCGGUUGUAAAGGAAACAUUCCGCCUACAUCCUCCAUUGCCACUCCUCGUUCCAAGGUAUCUGAGUGAAUCUUGCACGAUCGGAGAGCACACAAUCCCAAAGGGGUCAAGGGUCUUCUUGAACAUGUGGUCAAUCCACAUGGACCCGCAUGUUUGGGAGAAUCCUUUACAAUUUCGACCCGAGAGAUUUUUGAAUGAUAACUCCGAAAAAUUUGAUUUCAUUGGAAACAAAGUUGAGUAUCUUCCGUUCGGAUCGGGGAGAAGGGUGUGCUCUGGUAUUCCACUGGCUGAGAAGAUGGUAAUGUAUUUGUUGGCAACACUCGUUUAUACGUACGAGUGGGGGUUGCCGGAGGGACAAAAGAUUGACUUGUCGGAGAAAUUUGGGAUUGUCAUGAGGAAAGAAACACCAGUCAUUGUUGUUCCUUAUCAUAAAUAACCAAAUAUGAACUU